CGUGCUGAAGUGGUCCUGGUUAUUUUUUCUACGAAAAAACAAAAACCCGCGGAAUACGCGAAAUACGAAAUAGAUGCGCACUCGCACGCUGCUACUCAAGCGCCUACAAGCAACCAUUGAAAGAUAUGCGGCUGCAUUAUCUUAUCGCCGCAUCGUACAAGGCUCCGCAACGCUUAUCAAUGCGUCAGCGGCGUGUUCUCUUGAUGCCGCGACCAUCACAUAGCGUGAAGCCCUGUAUCGAGCUGCCGCCGCUAGUAAAGCCGUGUAUCCGUGGCUAUUCGCUUGGGAGCGCUUGAGUAGCGGCGCGCGAGCGCCUAUUUCGUAUUUUGGAUGUUUCGCGCGCUUUUGUUUUUUCUCGGAAAAACCAACGAGUAUAAACGGAAAAACCAAUCAAUACAUAUACACAUUGUUACGGCUCUGAUUGACACUGGCGCGCACGUAUCUGUGACGAAUGCUCAGCUUCGGAAUAGUGUCAAGAAAGUCCUCCCUCCUGCCCCUUCGCCUGUGGUCCAAGUCGCCGACGAUGGAACACCAGCCGUUAUUGGCAUGUGUCUGGCUCGCGCUAUCCUCGCUACUUUUGCCCUCCUUGUGGCUGUUGCCAGCGCUGGCUUCGUCGGUGGCUGUGGCGGCCUAGGAUAUGGCGGACACGUCCUUGGAUAUGGCGGACACGUCCUUGGAUAUGGUGGUCAUGGCUUUGUCCACGGAGCGGGCUUCGGCGGACACGGUUAUGGCCUGGGGCAUCUUGGCUACGGCUAUGGUGGCUACGGCCUGGGACACGCCGGCCACGGACUCGGCUACGGCUAUGGACUCCACCUGGGAUACAAGCACUAGACAAAAAUAA